GCGGGAACGCCUCCCGAGGGCGGCGUGGCAGAGCUCCUCCGCUUGGCCCGGCCUCGGUGGCACUUCUCCCGCGGGAGCGCCUUGCGAGGGCCGGGGGGGCUGGCGGGCGCUCGGAGACCCCGCUGCCAGGGUGGAAGCAUGGAGGCGUCUUCCCUGCGGCCGGCGGGCCAGCAGCCCCCACCGGCGCCCUUCAGCCCCGAGCAGCCGCGGCUCGGAAACCCGUAUCUGGAGGACCCGCUGCUUCAGGGUUACUUGCGAGCCCGGCUGCCUGCCGAGGUGUUUGCUGAGGUGAACAUUGACCUGGAACAGUUUGGAGCUCGCAUGAGGGAUGAAAUUGAGUUCCUGGGGCGUGAGAGUGAGCUAAACCCCCCUAGAUUACAGCAGCAGGAUGCCUGGGGACAGCGUGUGGACCGAAUUAUCACCUGCCCGGCCUGGAAGAGGCUGAAGGACAUCUCUGCCGAGGAGAGCCUUGUGGCCGAAGGUUAUAAAAGGAGAUAUUCCAGCUGGAGCCGCGUUCAUCAGUUUGCCAAGGUGUAUCUUUUUGGACCCGCUUCCGGCUUCUACGGGUGCCCUCUAGCCAUGACUGAUGGAGCAGCAAAAGUAAUUGAGUCCUUAGGUAUCCCCAAACCCCUGGAAGAAGCCUAUGCUCGUUUGACAUCAUGUGACCCCAAGACAUUCUGGACCUCUGGCCAAUGGAUGACCGAACGCAAAGGGGGCUCUGAUGUUGGAGGUGGGACAGAAACAGUCGCACGGGAACUUCCGGAUGGCUCCUACAGCCUGCACGGUUUCAAAUGGUUCACCUCGGCCGUUGAUUCAGAUAUGACUCUGACGCUGGCAAGGAUCGUGGCCGCUGACGGGCAGAUAAAACAGGGCUCCAGAGGCCUCUCUCUCUUCUACCUGAAAGUAUACGAGGAUGGGAAGCUGAAUGGCAUAAAAAUAGAGAGGCUGAAAGAGAAGCUGGGCACACGGUCGUUGCCAACUGCAGAGCUGUUGCUGGAUGGAGUUCGAGCACAUCUGAUCUCUCCCGAAGGUCAGGGUAUACCUUCCAUUGCCAGCAUGCUGAACAUCUGUAGGAUCUAUAAUGUCAUCGCUUCAGCUGGAUAUAUGAGGAGAAUUGUCAACCUGGCUCGGGAUUACGCUACCAGAAGGGAGGCCUUUGGAAAACCCCUUAAGGAUCACCCCUUGCACAUGCAAACUUUGGCACGAAUGGAGGUGCAAACCCAGGGAGCAUUCCUGCUGGCGAUGGAGAUUGGGAGACUGCUUGGCCUGGAAGAAACGAAGAAGGCGACGGAGCAGGAGGAACACAUGCUGAGGCUGCUGACGCCUGUCGCUAAACUUUACACUGCAAAGCAGGCUGUUGCUGUGGUCUCAGAAGGCUUGGAGUGUUUUGGAGGGCAGGGCUUCAUGGAAGAUACAGGCCUGGCUGUUUUGCUCCGGGAUAGCCAGGUGCUAACGAUCUGGGAGGGAACAACGAAUAUCCUGUCCCUGGAUGUUCUGCGCUUCGUUCUCAAGAGCCAAGGAAAAGCACUGGAUGUCUUUUUCUCCACUGCCCAGGCCAAGCUGGAGGCAGCUUCCCGACUGUCUGAACUGCAGCAUUCUGUGCAAACCGUUCAAAACAACCUACAAAAGCUCAAGCAGUUUGUCCCAAGAAUGGACUUGAACGGAGAGGCUGGGAGGCAGCUUGCAGCCAGAGACUUUGCCUAUACGCUAGCAUGGAUCUAUGAAGGAGUCCUCCUCCUGGAGCAUGCUGCCGGGCCUGGUGCAUCAGCCACAAAUAUCUACGCUGCUCAGAGGUGGUGUCAGCAGGACUUCUGCCUCGUGGACAGAGAAGACCAGGCUGGUUCUUACAGUCCGGAAGGAGCUUCUCUGGAUACCUCUUUGGUUUAUGAUGGGUAUCCAUUUCUGACAGGAAAACUGUAAUGGUUGCCUAUUCUGACAGACUCAGUCUCGCAAGCAGAUGCUUAAGGAUAACUGGUUUAUUGAAAGAAUAGUAUGCAGAUACAAAGAAAGCUGAGAAUGAGCAAAAGCACGCCAAAUACAAACUAAAAAACCCUCGCUUCAACCCCGGUUCCGCCCUUGCUCCCGCUUAGCAACCACCCCCUCCCAGGUGUUAGCAACCGUCACCCACAUCGGCCUGAGAAAGUAACCUUGAACACAGUCAAUAACCCAAACAUACAUUCCACAGUUACAGUAAGGAGAUUACAGCCUGGCAAGGCUGGAAAUCUCCACUCAGCAGACACGGAUCAGAAAAGUGACAUGCGAAACAUUACGAUGUAUUCAGAACAUCGGAACGAGGAACAUGACAUACCGCCCCCCUUAAAAAAACCCCAAACCUAAGGAGCAGGCUUCGUAGGAUAGGCAGCAUGAAAAUGGGCAACUAAAAUAGGGGAGUGAACAUCACGAGCAGCAACCCAUUCAGGAUGAGGGAAAUGUUUCCACCAGACGAGAUAUUGUAAAGUAGAAUGAAGGUGUCGGGAAUCAAGAAUCUCCUGGACUUCAAAGUGUUGCUGGCCAUCAAUCAUAAUGGGAGCAGGUGGUGAGGGUUGUGGGUGCCAGCGAUCCGACUUGUGGAAAGGCUUGAGCAAGCUGCAAUGAAAAAUGGGAUGCAAACGUUUUAAGAUUAUGAGGCAAGUCCAACUUAAAAGUAACAGGAUUAAUUUGGGCCACAAUAGGAAAGGGACCCACAAACUUUGGUGCUAACGUCUUUGAGGGUUGUGGAGAUUUAAUAAACUUGGUGGAAGGGUAAA